UCUUCGCAAUUUUUAAGCCAGUGUUACUCUAUUGGUGUGUUUACAGCAUGGUCUUCCUAUAGUUCAACUUGUGCGAAUAUCUUAUUCCUGACGUUUAUCUUAUCGUUUUCAGGGACAUUUGGAAUAUAUUCAACACCAUGCCGUUAAUGAAAUCAUUAAAAUCAAUGGUAAUAAACAGGAUUCCGAUUUUAAAAUGGGGCCCACAGUACAACUCGAAAAAGCUCGUCAGCGACACCAUAGCAGGGUUUACGGUGGGACUCACUGUCAUGCCACAAGCCUUGGCUUAUGCCACUCUAGGGGGACUCGAACCACAAUAUGGUCUCUAUUCAGCAUUUGCCGGGUGUUUUGUGUAUACGAUCUUCGGGAGCAUCAAGGAUAUAACUAUAGGACCCACAGCUCUUAUGGCUUUGAUGACCUACCAGCAAGUAGUGGGGAGGAACGUGGACUACGCAGUGUUACUGUGUUUCCUUUCUGGAAUUGUCCAAAUGAUCAUGACCAUUUUACACUUAGGAGUGCUUAUUGAUUUUAUAUCGAUACCAGUGACAGUUGGUUUCACUUCGGCUGCAUCUGUGAUAAUAGUAGCAUCUCAGCUGAAAAGUUUGCUUGGCCUCAAAAUUAAAUCAUCCGGAUUUUUAGAUACUAUAACGAAAGUAUUCAACAACAUUCGCAUGACCAGAUUAAAUGAUUUUACUCUUGGUAUAGUCUGUAUCAUCGUCCUCAUGAUAUUAAGGAAACUGAAAGACAUUAAACUGCACAAGAAAAAUGAAAAACCUACGAAACACCAAAAAUGCUUCAACUAUCUGCUAUGGCUGAUUUCUACCUCAAGGAAUGCGGUGGUAGUGAUCAUAUGCAGCGCUGUGGCCUACCACUAUGAAAAUACAAGUGAAGGGUCGCCCUUUCUUUUAACUGGCAAGGUCAAGGCGGGUUUGCCAGAGUUGAAAUUGCCCCCUUUUCGGACGGUAAUUGGAAACCGUACCGUAGACUUUGCCGGAAUGGCUUCAGAUCUGGGCAGUUCCAUAGUGUUGGUGCCGAUUACUGCUGUUUUGGGAAACGUCGCCAUAGCUAGGGCCUUUGCUAGCGGGUCCAGCAUCGAUGCCACCCAAGAACUGUUCACCUUAUCUAUGUGUAACGUGAUAGGAUCAUUCUUCUCGUCCAUGCCCAUCACGGGGUCAUUUUCAAGAUCGGCUGUUAAUCACGCCAGUGGAGUACUAACGCCAUUUGGGGGCAUCAUAACAGGUAUUAUGGUUCUGCUUGCCCUCAGCUUUCUCACCCCGUGCUUUGCCUUCAUCCCCAAAGCCUCUCUAGCCGCCGUUAUCAUCAGCGCGGUAAUUUUCAUGAUCGAGUAUGAAGUGGUAAAGCCGAUGUGGCGUACGAGCAAGAAGGAUCUCGUGGCUGCGUUUGCCACUUUUGUGGCCUGCCUGGUCAUAGGAGUGGAGUACGGCAUUCUUCUGGGUGUUGGAAUCAACAUCAUGUUCCUGUUGUAUCCGUCUGCGAGGCCUACGGUGUACGUGGAUCAGUUAAAGACUUCAAAUGGAGUCAAUUACAUACUAAUAACUCCAGGAAACAGUCUUUACUUCCCUGCUGUCGAUUUCAUUAAGAACAGCGUGGCAAAGGAGGGCCUGUCUUCGAAAAACCUGCCGGUGGUCAUAGAUUGCAGGUUUGUGUUAGGUGCGGAUUUUACUGCCGCCAAGGGCAUAUUGGCAUUAAUAAAUGAAUUCACAAUGCGGAAGCAGCCUCUGUACUUCCUCAACGCGAGGAAGGAAGUCGUGUCGAUUUUCGAGGGGGUCAUGCAAGGUGAUUUUAAAUAUUUCAAGACCAACGAAGAAUUAGAAAGGCAACUUGAUGAGCACAUCAACGAUCCUGUGGAAGAGCGGGAUAAUCUCCUGAGCUUCACCAAAGAGUAUUUUCCGCAGAGUGGCGAGAAAAACGUUGAGCUUAAGGAAGUGACUUACGGAGAGGGGUCAUCGACCAUAAAUCGUAAGAAAAACAGCAGUUAAUGAGAAAGGGCUCUCUAUAAUUGAUUUUUGUAUAUAAAGUAUGUACACAGAUCCUGUUAUUUAUUUUUUAUUUAUUAUUUUUUUCCAAUCGAUCCGAUUGGU